CAAAAUAUCAACUGAGGAUCUACCCACUGGAAACGGUUCCCAAGUAGCGGCAUGCCAGGACAUAAAGUGAUGUAUUGGCCGUUUGACAGGAUUUCCCUGCAGAAGGAUUUACUCUACCAGUGUUUGAUCUGUCGAUUAUAAUAUUGUUCAGUCGACACAUGUUGCACCGUCCCGCAUUCAUUCUUCCAGCGGCCUUUUGCAUCCCACAUCCCUUCAGGAUCCUGUCUUUAAAUUAACAAGAUCUAAAACUCUGUUUUCUGGCCAGUAUUUGUGUGUUUAUGAGCCGUGGUCCAUCUCGGCAAAGUGAUGGAGCCAAACAUGGAGUACAUAGUGGCACAGGUCACGCAGAAGGAGGUUGGACGUCGCUUCCAAGUGGGGCCGGAAAUCAUAGACUACAUCCUGGACAGACAGAAGUCACAUGACCUGGAGCACGAUCAGAGCAUGCUGGACAGGAUGGUGGACAGUCUGGCAACCUCAUGGGUCAAUGCGAGCAAUUUCAAGGUGGCGCUGCUGGGAAUGGACAUAGUAUCUGCUUUAGUGACCAGACUACAGGAACGCUUCAAAACACUAAUAGGAACAGUUCUGCCCAGUUUAAUUGAUCGUUUAGGCGAUUCUAAGGACCAGGUUCGAGAUCAAGCGCAGUCACUUCUAUUAAAAAUCAUGGACCAAGCGGCCAAUCCGCAGUAUGUUUGGGACCGAAUGCUGGCCGGAUUCAGACAUAAAAACAACCGGACCAGAGAAGCUGUUUGCUUUUGCCUUAUUGCCACUCUUAAUGCAUCCGGAGCUCAGGGUUUAACCCUUAGCAAGAUAGUCCCUCAUAUUUGUCAUCUGUUAGGAGACCCAGCGAGUCAGGUUCGUGACGGUGCGAUGAACUGUCUGGUGGAGAUUUACAGACACGUCGGGGAGAGAGUGAGGGUGGAUCUGGGGAAGAAGGGGCUGCCGCAGUCACGACUGAAUGUGAUUUUCAGCAGGUUUGAUGGAGUCCAGCGAUCUGGGAACAUGAUCCUGUCCUCAGAUAAGAACAUGGAUGAUGAGGAUUCUGUGGAUGGAGGUCGUUCCUCAUCAUCGGUGCGUAAGGAGAGCUCUAGUGCCGGUGCUGUUGAUGAAGAAGACUUCAUCCGUGCCUUUGAAGAUGUGCCCGCCGUACAGAUUUACUCGGCUCGAGAGCUCGAGGACUCCAUGAACAAGAUCCGAGAAACUCUGUCCGAUGACAAACACGAUUGGGAACAGCGAGUAGUUGCACUGAAGAAGGUUCGUUCUCUGCUGUUAGCCGGCGCGAGCGAAUACGAUGGUUUUUCGCAGCAGUUACGGCAGCUGGAGGGGCCGCUCAAACUCUCGGCUAAAGAUCUGCGCUCGCAGGUGGUGCGCGAGGCCUGUAUCACACUCGGGCACCUGUCGUCUGUGUUGGGUAAUAAAUUUGAUCACGGAGCCGAGAACAUCAUGCCAACGUUACUGAACCUCGUCCCCAACAGCGCUAAAGUUAUGGCCACAUCUGGAAUGGCGGUGAUUCGUCUCAUUAUACGGGUGUUUUGGGAAAUGGGUUUCCAUAGAUCUAAAGUGGUGAGUUCUCGCGCAUCCUCUUCGUCCGGCUCUCUCCAGCGAUCGCGCAGCGAUGUGGACGUUAACGCCGUGGCCAGUGCCAAAUCACGAAUGCCUGCUGUUGCUGCUACCGCCCCCUUCAGCUCAGCCGCGGCACUGCCGCCCGGUUCCUACGCCUCUCUGGAUGCGGCUGGUAAUGUGGAGGGUCGUGUGCGAACAAGACGACAGAGUUCAAAGACGACAGCUGGGGGCGGAGCUUCUGUGACUGACAGUAGGGGGCGGAGCCGAGCCAAAGCUGUGUCCCAAUCACAACGAUCCAGAUCGGCUAAUCCGGUGGUGGGUAAAACUCACGCGGGCAGCCGCUCUAGUUCACCCGGGAAGCUUUUGGCGCGCUCUUCCAUGAGAAUCCCUCGAUCCGCCGGAUCCGCUGGAGCGCCGUCGGACAAACGCAGUAAGAUCCCACGCAGUCAAGGCUGCAGCCGAGAGACGAGUCCCAGCCAUGCACGAAACGGUAAGACAUUUACAUCUUUUCUCUUCACUGUCCCGCGUCAAGGAUCCAGAUCGGCUAAUCCGGUGGUGGGUAAAACUCACGCAGGCAGCCGCUCUAGUUCACCCGGGAAGCUUUUGGCGCGCUCUUCCAUGAGAAUCCCUCGAUCCGCCGGAUCCGCUGGAGCGCCGUCGGACAAACGCAGUAAGAUCCCACGCAGUCAAGGCUGCAGCCGAGAGACGAGUCCCAGCCAUGCACGAAACGUGCGGGCAAGUCGUAUCCCACGGCCCAGCAUGAGUCAGGGCUGUAGUCGUGACACCAGUCGGGAGAGCAGCAGAGACACCAGUCCGGCUCGAGGGUUCAGUCCGCUGGCAUCCCACAGAUACUCUCGCUCCACCAGCGCACUGACGGCCGGCGAUGUCCUGCAGACAGAUCGGUUCGGUCUCAUCCAUCAGGCCAUGCGGAUCUUGAACACGGGCACAGAGGUGGAGGCGGCCGUGGCAGACGCUCUGCUUUUAGGAGACUCCAGGAAUAAGGUGAAGGUUGCCAUCCUGAAGUACAUCGAGUCUUUGGCCAGACAGAUGGAUCCAUCAGACUUCGUGAACUCCAGCGAGACGCGGUUAGCCGUCUCUCGAAUCAUCACGUGGACCACAGACCCGAAGAGCUCAGACGUCAGGAAGGCUGCUCAGAUGGUUCUGAUCGCCCUGUUUGAGCUGAACACCCCAGAGUUCACCAUGCUGUUAGGAGCUCUGCCCAAAACCUUCCAGGACGGAGCCACUAAACUCCUGCACAACCAUCUGAAGAACAGCAGUAACGCGGCUACAGUGUCUCAGGCGUCUCCCAGCGGCAGCAGCAUUGUGGGACGCACCCCUCCACGACACCCGGUGACCCGCAGCAGCCCACUGACCUCACCCACCAACGGCUCACACGGGGGAAUGUCACCCAGUAUGCUGGAGUACGACACCGAGAACAUGAACUCAGAGGAGAUCUUCAGCUCGUUGAGAGGUGUAACCGAAGCCAUCCAGAGCUUUAGUUUCCGCAGUCAGGAAGGCAUACUCGAGCCCAUCAAACAUGACGGCAAGAGGGACGAUACGACCGGUGUGGAUCCUCGUCUGUCCGCUGGUGUGAUGGAAGGAGGCCGGACAGCGCUGGACAACAAGACAUCAUUAUUAAACACACCGUCCCCUCGAUCGUUCAGCGGCCCGUGGGCUCGCGAAUACAACCAAUACAACUACAGCGACUCCAUCAGCGCCUACGAGAAAGGAGCGCUCGCCGUGCUUGACGACGUGGAGCACGUCCGAGACGGUCGUCCACAGGACUGCGGAGAAAACAAAAUCCUGCAUCCGAAAGGUUUUUCUGCAGGACCCAGGCAGCACCUGGAGAUGAUUGGUGAUCUGCUGAAGGAGCUGUCCAAUCACAGCGAGCGUGUGGAGGAGAGGCGGGCCGCUCUGCUGGAGCUGCUGAAGGUCACGCGUGACGACAGUCUGGCUGUGUGGGAGGAGCAUUUCAAAACCAUGCUGCUGCUGCUGCUGGAGACGCUGGGAGACAGAGACCACACCAUCCGAGCGCUGGCUCUGCGCGUCCUGAAAGAGAUCAUGCGCAGUCAACCGGCGCGCUUCAAGAACUACGCAGAACUCACCAUCAUGAAAACCCUGGAGGCCCAUAAAGACUGCCACAAAGAGGUGGUGCGGGCGGCAGAAGAAACGGCGUCCACGCUGGCCGGAUCCAUCCACUCAGAGCAGUGCAUCAAAGUCCUGUGUCCCAUCAUCCAGACGGCCGACUAUCCCAUCAACCUCGCCGCCAUUAAAAUGCAGACCAAAGUAAUUGAGCGCAUUCUCCAGGAUUCCCUGAUUCAGCUCCUGCCCGACAUCAUCCCUGGACUCUUACAGGGUUAUGAUAACACAGAGAGCAGCGUACGCAAGGCCAGUGUGUUUUGUUUGGUGGCCAUUUAUUCUGUCAUCGGUGAAGAUCUGAAGCCUCAUCUACAGCAGCUGACCGGCAGCAAGAUGAAGCUGCUGAAUCUGUACAUCAAGCGAGCUCAAAUCACCAACAGCAACAGCAGCAGCUCUUCAGACGUCUCGUCUCACAGCUGAAUCACUCCAUGCGUCCUCAAGCGCUCUCCCGUGAUUUUGCAUAUUUGCGAGUAGAUCUCUAGCUGCGCGUGCGCAUUCGCUUCAUUAAAGGGUGAUUCAUUGAACAGGUGCAAACACUUACACCAUUCAACCAGAGCCCGCCGAGGUUUGUGAUCAGCUGCGUUUGUCCAACAUGCUGUGUGUGUGUUGUGUGUGUGUGUGUGCAGCAGUCGUGCCUCUGUGUGUAAGAGAAACUGUUUUUAUUGCUCUUUUACCGUUGCUGUGGCGUUUAUCGUCCUCAUAUUCAAAGCACAUGUAAUGUUCUGUCCGAUCGGCCAAUCAGGAGUCGUCUUACCUCUCAUUAGUGAAUGUAACGCCUAUUUUUACGUCUUUAACGCUGCUGCCUCAAGUUCUCUAGGAUGCUCUUUUAGUGACGAGAAUCAUUUUUGGGCAUUUAAGAAUAUGCAAGAAGCGAGAUUGUAUUUGUACAGUAUUUGUUUUAUUUCCGGCCAGCAGGCGAAGAGCUUUUGACUGUAAGAACGAUGAAUAUUAGCGCAAAUUUAGUUCAAAAUCUCACAUUCCAGCGCUGAAGAACCAUGAUUAUUUCAACACUAACAUGGAGAUUUAUGAUAAAUGUGUCUCCUUUUUUUAUUUAAGGACCACAUUGAUGGGUUUUUGUGUACAAAAUAUAAAAUUUGAUAAUCUGAGAUAUAAAUAAUUCAAGUAUUAGAAUCUUCCUCAGAAAUGAUCCAAAACAAAACUGAAUCAUUACAUUAAAGAUUCACUUACAUACACACACACUAAAUGUAUGAUACAAAUCAAAGUAAAAGUGGAAUUCUAAACUUUUUAGACUUUUUAGAGCGAUAAUUGUAACUAAAAAUAAUCCAAAUUGGAUUUUUACUAGUUGAUUGCUGUUUUAACCCAGUUGUUGUGCUUUAGGAAGGUUUGCGCCUGUUUGUGCCGUUUGUUAGUCUUUUUGUACCCGGUUUUAAAUCUUGGUGC